AUGUUUGGCGCCUCUAUUCGCACCGCGGUGCUCAUCGUGUGCUGCUUCGUGCUGCGCAUCGCCGGCGCCAUCGACACGACAGAAGUCGACCUCAUCUUCCCUCGCAACGAGACAUACUCUCCACGGGGCAUGAUGCCGUGUAUUCUUGCUAUCCAGAGACCCGACAUCUUGUCUCACCUACAGCCCCAAAUCCGAUACGCGGUGUUCCUGGAAGGCGUGCGUGGCGUCUUGUCCGAGAAUUUCGAUCUCAGAGACGUGCCCAAGAACCAGUCGACGCACUACCUCUACGGCAGCGUUCGAAACUUGACACUCGCCGAGGGCAAGUAUGCAGCCUUCUUCUAUGUUGAUCAUAAGAACCGCACAAAUACCACAGACCCUGACUUCUACAACAACCGUCUCGAUGACUUUGACACAGUUCGUAACGGUUUCCACGAAGGAUACUACCAAGAGGGACGUGGAAUUUUCUUUACCAUCAGCAAGUAUGGCAAGGAAAUGGACAUUACUAGCACCAAGGAGAACUGCAACAAGUUGGAGAGCUAUCCGUUAGGAAUCGACUCCUACCUUGACUAUCCCAGGUUUUUCCAACAUUUUGGUGAAUAUUCUUCGUGCCCUUCGUUCGCGGUUCCAUCUCCCACAGGCCGCCCGUGCGAUGGAAUGCUCACUCCAGAAAAGGCGAAAAGCAUUAACGAUACGCUGAAUAGCAUAGAGUGUAUCCAACGGAAACCUCUCAUCAGCUGUCCCAAGAGCGUAGCAGCACAGGCACGAACCAGCGCAGCAGCUUAUGCGGUCAUGCUGGCUGCUUUGAGCAUAUACUUUUGGUAG